UGGAUGGAGAGGAGGCUCAACUGCCUUAGAGCCCCCUAAUUUUGUGCAGACCCGGAGUGAUCAUGGAGCCCAAACCGUGUAUAAGAUUUGGGCAAUGCAGAUAUCAGUGGUCCAUAGUAAAACAUUACAGUGUAGAGGGAAAUACUAUCUUUAUUAUUUUCAAACACAGAAUAGUUUUUAAGUGGUUUGAAUUGAUAUAAAAAAAAAAAAAAAAAAAAAACCACCUAAAUUAUAUCAUAAAAAUACACAUGAUUAUAAAUAAUAAUUUCUGUAUGAAAAGGUACUUUCGAGGGUAAAAGAUCCCAGCUACAGCAUUGACCAGACUUUUGUCAAGCUGAUUCGCCUGACGUUACCCUCCCUCCCUCCGUUCCUACAAAACUUAAUAACCGCCUUUACUCAACCGAUCCCAACGGCCUAAAAGUAACCUCCUCCCUAGCGCUCUCAAUUUCAAAACCCCAAGACCCUCCAAAACUUCCUAAUCUAAAAACCCCCCUCCUCCCGAACUAACGGCAUAGCCUCCAUGGCUCCUCCUCCACUCUCCUCCUCCACUUUCAUUCUCUCUCUCUACCUCUUCUCUCUCCUCCUAAUAACCACCAACUCGCUUCCCACCACCCUCGGCGUCACCUACUUCACCCCCGUCCCCAGCACCACUCAGCCAAAGCCAGCUCCACCUGUCCACAUUGCCACAGCCAUCUCCUCCCUCGGCUUUAACUCUAUCCGCGUCCUCAACCCUGACCCAACCCUCACCCGCGCCUUCACCUACACCAAUACCACCCUCUUCCUCACCAUUCCCAACCCCUUGGUCCAACCCAUCGCCUCCAACCGCUCCAUGGCCCUCCGCUGGCUUUACGUCCACGUCGUCCCCUUCUACCCACGCGCUCGUAUCACCACCAUCUCCGUCGGCAAUGACUUACUCUCCGCCUCCCCCUCCGGGUUCUACUCCUUCCUCCUCCCCGCAAUCCGUAACGUACACCUGGCGCUUCGCAAUCUUGGCAUCCGCAAGAUCUCCGUCUCCACCUCCUUCUCCUUCGUCAACAUCAUUUCCACUCCGUUUCCUCCCUCCUCUGCCGAGUUCCAAGGCCUGGCUUCAGAUAAUCUGAUCAAACCGUUGCUUCAGUUCUUGCGGGACACCAACUCGUCCUUCUUGAUCAACAUCUAUCCCUACAAGGUGUACAGGUUGAACUGCGAGAUUCCCAUUGGCUUUGCUCUGUUUCAGGAGCACCCUUUUAAUUUCCGUGACGACUUGAUCACCGGCGUUCGUUACCGGAACCUCUUCGACAUGAUGGUCGAUGCCGCAAUCAGUGCCAUGACAGCGGUGGGCUUCGAGAACAUUCCGGUGGUUGUGGCCGAGACAGGGUGGCCAAGCUCGGGCGAUGCGCUGGAGGUUGAUGCCAACUCGGCCUACGCCGAGAUGUACCUUCGAGGCCUCGUGGCGCACUUGAAAUCCGGACUCGGCACGCCGCUGAGGAAGGAAGGGGUGGCGGAGGCUUACAUAUACGAGCUGUUUGAUGACGAAAUUAGGCGGGGAACGACUCGGCAUGAGCGCAGUUGGGGAAUUCUGUUUUCCAAUAUGACCAAGAAGUACGAGAUCGAAUUCUCUGGAUCAGACAGCACCGGAGGGAGUCGGGCUUUUCUCUAUCUUUGCUCGGUUGCUGUUGCAGUAAAUUUAAUACGUGGACCUUUGCAUUUGCUCAGCUGGUGAUGCUCUGUUUCUUUGGUGUUGAAGCUCCUUUGGAUAACAAGAUUUUGAGGAGAUGUGGUUUGAGCUGAUACGUCUCUUUGUAUUAGAGACGAUAAUUCUAUGGCAGAGUUGUUAUUACGUGAUUUGGCUCAGGGUCGAGAUUUCCGUUUCUCGUUGAAGUUGGCGAGUUAGGCUGAGACUUUGUAGUGGUACAUUAAUGGCCGAAAACUGUCUUCAAGUUGACGAUGUACGUGAGGUCUUUGAAAAAAAACAAAUUCAAUGAAAUGUGGCUUACCGCUUAUGUUUCACCUAAAAUCUCAUCUGCUGGUAUGUUAUUUGAAACCCAAAUUUAAAGGCAUUUUGUGUGCCUGUGUCAGCAGUUAGUACUGUUAAAAUCUUCAACCUGAAAAGGCAAACCCAGAAGCUGCACAAUUUCGAUGUUAAGGAACUGUAGCUUACUUACAAAUUAGAAAUUAUCUUGGAUGGGACAAUAAAUGCUGGAUGCAUAGAAGUUUCGACUAGGCACAAGUGGAACGAACAAUGGUAAUUUGACCUCCCACAAAUUCAUCGGGAUAUCACUAAGGAACACAAAGAACUCUGGUCUUAAGCUAAUCGGCACAAGAAGUAUGCAAAUGAAGCCUCCAACCACCACCUUGAAUCUCCAAGCUAGUGCGGGCGGCACA